GGGCGCUGCGCAUUCGCGGGAACCACUUUAAGCAUUAGCAUGUGACCAAUGGGAUUGGAUAUGCAAAUAUGAGGCGCUCGAACUCCUGUUUCCGCGUUAAAUUCGUGGAUUGGGAAAGGUGAGAGUAGAGUCAGAUGCACAAAGACGAGACGUGCAGACACACACGGACACUAAUUUGACUGGGACGUUACUGGAGGGACCAUCAGUGAAUAUUCUGAUUUCCACGUGGAUAAUUUUCCUAUGUGCAAUAUGACUUUUGAGGAAACCAGUGGAGAAAACUCUAUAGAAAGGAUGGAUUCGGUGUCUAAAGCAUUGGAGGAGGUUAUCACCUCCGCGUUACCCCAAGGUUGCGUCACUGUAGGAGUCUAUGAGGCAGCAAAGUCACUCAAUGUGGACCCGGAUAAUGUGGUACUGUGCCUCCUGGCCACAGAUGAGGAGCAGGUCGUGGACGUGGCUUUACAGAUCCACUUCACCCUGAUUCAGGCUUUCUGCUGCGAGAACGACAUCAACAUCCUGCGGGUCAGCAACAUGAGGCGCCUCGCUGAGAUACUUGGAGGAGUGAAGCCUGGAGAAGAGCCCAUGGACCUGCACUGUGUACUAGUUACUAAGUCAAGCACGUGCAAGGACCCAGCUCUGAGCAAAGUGAAUCGCUUCUGUAGAGACAGUCGAAUACUGGACCAGUGGGUCCCCAUCAUCAACUUACCUGACCGAUGAACAAGCAGCAUGGACUCCACGUGACCACUUUAUAUUGAAGCACAGCACACUGCACUAGAUCUGUGUAAUAAUGCCUUGGUUGGAACUCAUGAACAAACCUCAUUCAACAGAGGGGAGGAGAACAAGAGAACCUGCUGGAUCAGUGUGGAUUUUAUGCUGAGGAUUUCAGCUGAGGUAAAGGGAUUUAGCAUUCUGGAUUCCAGGACUGCCAAGGUAACAAUGUUAUGACUAAUGCGAAGGUAGCGAUUGGUCGUUGGCAUGACUUGAUCCUCAUGCCCAGGCGCUGCCAUUACAUACCUUAAGCAGGAAGCUGACUCAUGUAAGCACACAGCAGAGCAGACAUACACACGUAGUGGUGAGCAGAGCAGAGUGCACAAGGCAGCAAGGGAUUGGAAUCUCCUGGAUGCUCAAAGGACUGACUCCAAGGACCAUACUCAAGGACUGAACUAAACCAAACUAGAGUUUUCUGAACUGGACCGGAGUAGUCUGGACUAGUCUGGGACUACAGGAUGGAUCAAAUUUCCAUGUGGGUAUACUCUGCAUGUUAAAGGUUUAUGCAAUUUUAUCAGUAACUUACUGUAUUAUUCAACAUUAUGAUACUGUAUAAACUGAAUACAGUACAUUACCAUAGAAUGCACAGUAAAAUGCCAUAUGUUUGUUUUACAGCACACGCAGACCUUUCUGUAUUUUCAACAGUAAAUGUGUUUUACAGUAUUCAUAUUGUGCAUUGUGAGAAGUUGUUGUGGAUGGGAAAAGAGUCUCUGGCUCAUUAACAUAUUAUGGUCAGCCUUGUAAGAGGCUAUAUUUGUUGCACCCGUGGUGAGAAUGCUGAGCCCCCAAAGAAUACAGUAAUAUACUGUAUUUUAGGGAUUCUACAAACCUUGUCCUGAAACUCUACAGUAGCCAAUUGCUGCCAGUCAUAUACUGUAAUUCAGAAUACAGUACCAAUACCGCAUUUUUGGAGCGCCAAAAAAACGUUGGAACACUCAUUAACAUAUGUUGAUGCGUGUCUUGUAAGAGGCUAUAUUUGUUGCACCCGUUAGUGAGAGUACCAAUUUACGUGAUACAGUAUGUGGUAGUGGUUCCCUAACAAUGCAAUGUAUAUAGGGGACAGAUCAGAGUGUCAGCAAGUCUCAAACCUUUAAUAGUUGAGUGGCGAUCUAUUUUGAUCUGUUUUGCCCUUUAGUCACUGUCAGUUCAGAAGCCUUUGUUAAAGCAUAAAGUGCAAGUAAUAUAAAACAGCUAGUAUUCAUUAAUAUGCUGUGAUAUGCAAAUGCCAACAGCCAAGCUGCUUUCUCUAAUCCCUUGUAAUUACAGUAAAAUACUGUAUUUUCUUACAGUUUAGUGACUGUUACUGUGUUUCAUUGCUCUGACAUCAAGUUACCAUGAAUAUCUCUAUUGUAUUGGCACUAUCCAGAGAUUGUCAGCGAUAUAUCAUAAGAUAUCUUGUUGUAAUUAUAAUUAUUUUGAAGACCAAUGUAUCUUUAACUACAACAUUUUCAGUAAUGGUUAAAAAAAAUGUUUUACUUGCUAUGACUGAUAUGUAUUUUUUUAUUUUUUUAUCAACCUUGGUUGAAUGCACUGACUAAGUUGCUAAGGACAAGAGUACCUGCUAAAUUACCAAAAUGCUAAAAUUAAAAUUAAACAUUUGCAAAGAACACUGGGUAAUGUGUCGCUGCAUGGGGAAUUCCAGUAAUAUACUCUAAAUUAGAAUACAGUAACAUUUUUGGUACUGCAAAAUCUAUUACCAUAAUGUAUUACAGUAGUUGUACUGUAAAAUAAAUUACAGUAAAUUAUUGGCCAAUUUCUGCCAGUAAGUUAGUGUACAUUGUACAUGAAACGUUUUAGUGUGGAAAAAAAUACAUCACAACUGUAAUUUAUAUGAUCUUGAUUAUUUCUGAAAUUGUUAUUUUGAGAAUUAUUUAAAUUAAGAGGGAAGGUCUUGUUUAGGUCAUUAUCAGCACAAACCAAUGUAUUGACUUAAACAUUAACUUUGUUGUUUUGUUUAAUUCAAUGUUUAUGUUAAUUUAAUGAAUUGAUGUCGCAAUGUUCAUCAACAGCUACCUUUGCAGAGAAAUAAACAAAACUGAAUUAAACAUUUAA